AUGGGCUGGGCACUAAGGGCUGGUGCCCCACGAAAGAGAUUUACUACCAGCCAGAAGGCCUAUCUUACUGCCAAAUUUAAACUGGGGGAACAAUCAGGACAGAAAGCAGACCCUGCAUCAGUUGCACGUGCGAUGGUAAGCGCCAAGGAUGCGAGUGGUAACCGCCUGUUUACAAGCGACGAUUUCCUUACAGCAAAUCAAAUAGCUGCCUUCUUUUCCCGACUGGUUGCGAAAAAGACCCUCCAGGAUGACGAGGAACUGUCUGAUGACGACUUGGAGGCCGCUGCAAGUGAAGCAAGAAUCCAAGAGCUGUCGAAUGCGGCUUUAAACGAACUGGCGCUUAGACACCCUAUCACAUAUGAUGCGUACAAUCUUUGUGAAAUGGCAGCAAAGUCCAAGUUAAAGAGCUUUUCCAUUUCAGUGCUGAAGGAUAUUUGCUUAUUUUUUAGCAUUGAUAGCAGCGAUAUCUCCGUUCAUCGUAAGCAGCCUUACGUGAGCAAGAUCGAAGCCCUU